GAAUCGUGACUUGGAGAUCUAAAGCUAGUAACUGUGACCAAACUAUACUAUAAUCCCAGCGCAAAAGAUCAUAUUGAGCUCGUUGCAAACUAGGCAAACAAGAUAUCUUUAUACCGGAGUGCUAGAACACGCCCCGAGGUUCCAGUUUCUCUUGUUUUACAAUCUGUAACUUCAGCAAGAAUACGACGAAUACCUUUUCUAUGUAAAACGACUGAUUUCAUUGUAUAAUGUGUUUUUAAACAGUCGUUGGAAAAGAGGACUUCGCUUUUCGUCGAACACCGGUGUUUGUUUGCUGCCGAAAUGAACGACAAUGGAUGCAUACAUUUGAACAAUUUUAAGGCUGCGAAGGGCACGAAUCCUUAUAAAAUAGUCCAUGCAUUUUUUGUUUCAUGCACGUCUUAUGAAGCCAGGCGAUACAAGGCAACAUCAUGCCUCUGUUUCGCAUGUGCCCAGCCAGGGCCUCGAAUGCACUCAUGUCUCCACUGCAUCUAUUUUGGUUGCUACAGUGGUGGCCAUAUCCAAGAUCAUGCUAAGAUUAAAAAGCACUUCCUCUCUGUUGACCUUGUCUAUGGAAAUGUAUUCUGUGCUCAGUGCCAAGACUACAUCUAUGAUCGAGAGCUUACUGAAAUCGCACAAACCAAUCGCUUGAAGCAGGCAAAAUCUCUUGGAAUCAGCGUUCCAUUCAUGCCGUGGCUGCCGAACACUAAUGAGGCGAUGGCGCUGCGUCGUCUACGUAAGCGGCGACUCAUCAGCCCACACACCACCAUCGGCCUGCGCGGAUUACAGAACCUUGGCUCCACCUGCUUCAUGAACUGUAUUGUCCAGGCAUUGAUACACACACCCCUUUUAAGGGAUUAUUUCCUGGGCGAGCGACACAAAUGCAAAGCGCAGGGGUCUGGGAAGUGCCUCGUUUGCGAAGUUUCCAAGCUUUUCCAGGAGUUCUACUCUGGAGCAAAAACGCCUUUGACGCUGCACCGGCUCCUGCACCUGAUUUGGACCCAUGCGCGACAUUUGGCCGGCUACGAGCAGCAGGACGCACACGAGUUCUUCAUUGCUACUCUUGAUGUUCUUCACAGGCACUGCAUGAACGGCGUCGAAGAUACAGAGAAAAAAGAGAAUGGACGUUGUAACUGCAUCAUUGAUCAGAUAUUCACUGGCGGAUUGCAAAGCGACGUCGUAUGCACUUCGUGCUCUGGCGUCUCCACCACUAUUGAUCCAUUCUGGGACAUAAGCCUCGAUGUCGCCGGGCCUGGCUCGUUACAAGCUUGCCUGGAGCGGUUCACUCGCGCCGAACAUCUCGGCUCAGCCGCGAAAAUCAAGUGCUCAAACUGCCGAGCUUACCGCGAGUCUACAAAGCAACUCACGCUAGAAACACUGCCGAUCGUAGCCAGCUUCCAUCUGAAACGAUUCGAGCAUUCGUCUCAAAUUGAUCGAAAAAUAUCGGCCUUCGUGUCUUUCCCGGCGGAGCUGGAUAUGACCCCGUAUAUGUCAUCGCAGCGCCGAGCUGUAGAUGUUGGAGCUGCUGAUAACAACAAUGCACCUGAAGGCAUAUUUGAAGAUAACCGCUACUCGCUAUUUGCUGUGGUGAACCAUCUCGGCUCGUUGGACGCUGGACACUACACGGCCUAUGUGAGGCAGAUGAAAGGAAGUUGGUUCAAGUGCGACGACCACAUGAUAACUCGCGCUUCGCUGCGUGAAGUUUUAGAUAGCGAAGGGUACCUGCUCUUCUAUCACAAGACUGUUCUGGAGUACGAGUGUGACAUUUCUUAAACAUUUCUAAUUCUCAAAAACAUAUUCGUACAUUUAAAUAUCCUACGUUUGUGAGUCAUAUCCAGUCACAAGGUCUACUUUCAUUUUAGUAUACAAACACGACGUAUACUUCUAAAAAUAAUUUAAGAAAAAAAAGUCAUGGCUCUUGUGGUGAUAUUAGGAAGUAGUUUUAAAGAAAUGAGGCCAGGGCAGUAGCCAGGAUUUUAUGAUAGUGAGAGGAGAGAUUGAAUACUUCGAAUGUUUCUUUUCAUUUUUGUUAGUGUAUUUUUGAGAGGGGAUAUAGUUUUGUUUCCUGGCUACAUAGGCAAGUAAUGUAAUGAUCAUUUUGAAUACCGAUUUCCGCAGAAUUAUCCACGAAUUUGUUAGAAUUAAGCUUUAAUGUAAUAUCGUAGAUGUUUUUCGUAAAAACAAGUAAUGACGUUUAAAUGACUGAAUAACUUAUCUCCGCCGCAAGUAGCAAACGUGUUUCAAUUUGUCAAGUGUGUUUAUCUUACAAGAUUUCUGUGUUACUGGUGGUUAUAUUGAAUCGUGCCAUUGCUGUUGCAAUGCUUUAGAUGUUCUCUGUUCUUGAUGUUGAAAAUAAGUGUAGUGCUAAAUGAAAUAGGAUACUAUAAUAUUGUUCAUCGCCAAAAAAUGUUGUGGUUAAUUGAUAUUCAAACGAUCCCUUAAAAUACUGCAAGUGUAAUUAAUAUUCUUGAUUCAAAGUUAAAUCAAUUUGGUAUAUGUUAGUGUUAGAAUGUUCCAUAAGUAUUGUUUUGUUUGAACAACACUUCUAUCUACCUCACUGUUUUAUCUCGUUUGCAUUUCGCUUGGCUCACAUGAAGUGUUCGAAAUCCUGAAUUAUAAUAUUGCUUCGAUUAUUAUACAAUUACAUUAAGACGAAUACAUCAGCCGCUUGUCAAGACCCCAAUUUUUGUAUUGUCCGGUUUAGAAAUAAUUAUAAAGGUGGAAAGUUUUAUCUAGUAUUGUAAAAAACUCAAGUCCGGGAGUUUACAUUUUAGGACUCGCAUCCUUUCAUUCAUUAGGACCCAUAAAGACAGCCUCCACUGCUCGAUAUAUUAUGAGCCUAUCGAGUUCCGAAUAGACUAGAGUCGACGUUAGUGCUAGAGUCUAUUUAUGUAACGAGUCGCUCUCGGGUUCGAGUCUGGUAAUUACCUACUGAGUGGUGUUGUAGUGUUUUUUUUAAAUCACCGAAUUGGUUUUUUGUUUUUUAUUUAGUUCGUGGGCAAUAGCAGUUUUCAGUAAAAUUGAACCCUGCUUGUCGCACUUGAGACAUUGUAGAGUAGAAGCCGCUUCCAGUCGAGUUUUGUUCAAAACUUGAGUUAGGUUUACGACUCGAGUCAGUGCUAGACUCGACGUGAGUGUUUUAGACCACCGAGCCGUGCAAAAUUGAG